AUGUUGACCUGCAUCUUACGAGCUGCCAAAAACGACUCUCUGCUGAAUGUGCUGAAUGUGGUUUGUGUGAUCGUGGGGCUGCUGUUCUUCAGUUUGGCCUUGUUGACCUUUGCUUUUUGUCAGUGGGGUCCUGGAGUGAAUAAUGUGGCCAGAAUCAACAUCUGCAUCAGUCUGCUGUUGGCUCACCUUCUGUUUCUGCUCACACAACAGUUCCUCAGCCUCAUUCGCCGUCAGCAGAUGUUGUGUGAGGUGAUAUCAGGCCUUCUGCACUUCCUCUUUCUCUCCGGGUUUGUGUGGAUGUUCAUUGAAGCUGUGCUGCUCUUCAUCUGUGUGAAGAACCUCUCCCAGAUCAGCUCCCAAAAGAGGAAUGUGCUUCGCAAUAUAUUCCUGUGUGUGAUAGGAUAUGCUGUUGCUCUGGUUGUGGUGGGCAUUUCUGCGGCAGUGGUUCCCAAAGGCUAUGGAAGUGAAAAAUGCUGGAUUAAAAUGGAUAAAGGCUUCAUCUGGAGUUUUUUGGGACCUGUUACCGUCAUACUAGCUUUAAACGUAAUUCUCUUCAUCGGCAUCGGGGUCAGUUUGAAGUCAGCCUUUAAAAAACUGAACGCUGACGUUUCACAGCUGAAUCAAACCAAGAUUAUAAUGUUUAAAACCCUGGCUCAGUUUGUGGUUCUCGGUUGCUCCUGGAUUCUGGGUUUCUUCACUAAUAGCAGUAAAGUGCUGGAGAUCCUCUUCCUGAUCUUGAACUCCCAGCAGGGAACCUUCAUCUUCCUCAUCUACUGCGUCCUUAAUAAAGGGAUCAGGCAAGAGUACAGGAAGCUCUUCACAUCUCUUUACUGUGGACUCAAACCCAAGAACAUCAAUUGGACCUCAGAAAAUACAGAGGACAGCACAAUUCAGGGUCUGCAAAUGAAGUAG